AAAAGCGAGGCGGGGGCCGCGGAAGCGCGGUGAAGCGGCGGCGGCGGCGGGGUUGAGCGGGGCAGGCUUCCCCGUCGCCCGCCCCUCGGCCCGGGCGCCCUGGAGCGGCGAGAGCAGCAUGGCCGCCAGCCUGUGGAUGGGAGACCUGGAACCCUAUAUGGAUGAGAACUUCAUUUCAAGAGCUUUUGCUACUAUGGGACAACUAGUCCUGAGUGUGAAGAUAAUUCGGAAUAGAUUGACAGGGAUUCCAGCAGGCUAUUGCUUUGUAGAAUUUGCUGAUCUGGCCACAGCAGAGAAAUGUUUACAUAAAAUCAACGGGAAGCCCCUUCCUGGUGCCACCCCUACAAAGCGCUUUAAAUUAAAUUAUGCCACAUAUGGGAAGCAGCCUGAUAAUAGCCCAGAAUAUUCCCUGUUUGUUGGGGAUCUUUCCCCUGAUGUAGAUGACGGGAUGAUAUAUGAAUUUUUUGUAAAAGUAUACCCAUCAUGUCGGGGUGGAAAAGUGGUCGUGGAUCAGACGGGCGUUUCCAAAGGCUAUGGUUUUGUGAAAUUCUCAGAUGAACUGGAGCAAAAAAGAGCACUGAUAGAGUGCCAGGGUGCUGUCGGCCUUGGUUCUAAGCCGAUACGUUUGAGCGUUGCCAUACCAAAAGCUAAUCGGCUGAAGAUGGUAGAGUACAAUCAGAUGUACAACUAUAACUAUAACCAGUACUAUCAACAGUAUCAGAACUACUAUGCCCAUUGGGGAUAUGAUCAAAACACCGGCAGUUACAGCUACAGCUACCCACAAUAUGGUUACACACAGAAUACCAUGCAGACAUAUGAAGAAGUGGGUGAAGAUGCAUUAGAAGGCUUCCUUCCAUUGGCAGAUCCGAUGCCCCAGACGGAUGUGAGUGAAGCCAACAAGCAGUUUAUGGAGCAGAGCGAAGAACUCUACGAUGCCUUGAUAGAAUGCCAUUGGCAGCCUUUGGACAGUGUCUCUUCAGAGCUCCAAGCUGCAUAAUUGCCAUGUUGCUGAGAAUGCUCCCUCCGAGCCGUGUGCCAGUGGGCCUUGGAUUCCUGCCAAAAGCGCAUGGAAGUUGCAGCUGCAAACGGACUCGUCCCUCUCUCUCCACCAGAUCCUCAAGUCAAGGAUGCAGAGGACAGCUUUGGGUUCUUCCUGGACUCGUCGAGCAGCAGAGUGUAGCAGAGGAGGAUUGUGGUCACUUCUAUUUGAGAUGAAAUUAGAACUUGGGGACUUAGUUUUAUUUCUUCUCCCUUCCCCUCUACCCCACUCCACCCCCAUUGAUCCUAAGGCAAGACUUGUUUAUCCUAGCCAAGAAGUUCUAAUUUAUGAACUAAAUAAAAGAUGGGAAAUCUUAAUUCCAACUACAAUAAAAAAAAAAGUAUCUUUUACACAGUAAGGUGGGGAUAUCUGGUGUUCUCCGUAGGGUAAAUGGGAUCAAGAGUCAGAAGCAGGCCCAUCGAACAGUUCCAGGAGCCCUUUCUUUUUCUUUGCUGAAAUAAAUCUCCAUAGAAAUGAUUUUGAAGCAAAACCGCACUAUGAAGAAGGAAAAAAAAAACCUUUGAGGGAGCAGGCGGAGUAACUUGGGCAAACUUUUUGCAGUUUCUGAAAGGGGAUACAAAUUCUACAUUUUGAAGCAUGUACAGGCGACUUCUGUUAAAACAGCCAGAUAUUCUGUUUUAAUAUGAAGAAGUCUAAGGCGAUCAGAAAAAUUUUAAUUGCCUACUCCAUAGCUGGAUAAUAUCUUUAUUGGGAGCCACCGAAAGGAUGCAGCAGCGUUUCCUAGGACUUCUAGGAUUGCUAGUAACAG